CCGAAAGAAAGAAAAAAAGAGGAACCCAGCCAUGCUUUGAGAAACCGGUGAGAAAGCUUGGAGAUUUCUCCUUCCUUCUUGCUCUAGAACACACCUAGAACCCAGAAAUCUUCCCCCCCCCUGCUGGAAAAGCCAGAUCUGCCCUGCUCUGCUUUGUCCUUCCGCCGGCUGCUCCUGCUUUGUGGGUGUGAUUUGCUCCGGUUUUGGGGCCGUGAGCUUCUUCUCCAAAUUGCCGCCGGCUUCUCUCCCAAACUGCAGCUCGGUUUUGCUUGCUAAAUUAUGGUAUGUGACAGCCUUUUAAGGCUUAAAUUGUCCAUUUAGUUUGCUGCCUUGUGUGUCCGAAUUUUGCUAGAAAAAUGGGGGAAUUCCGAUUAGUUAGUGUUUUGGCCAAUUUGUGGGAGUUGAGUUACUGUUCACGUCGGGUCACUGUUCACCGGUUACUGUUCACACCCCGAGGGCCAACAUUUAACGGGAAUUUAAAUGAUUAGUUUGUGAUAUGAGAACGAAUUUGGAGAUAUUUGAUCAUGUGGAGAUUGAUAGGAAUAGCAUCGGGAUUAAGAGUGAUUUUGAUGAUUUCAGUUUGAAUGUGUGAUAGUCCGGUAUUAAUUCUGAGAUAUUUUGAUUAGGUUCUCGAUCGUUCUGUCAAUUAGCACUGAGAUUGAGUGCUCGGUUUUAUGCGAGUGAGGUAAGUAAAUUAUGGUAACGCCCUUUGAUUUUAAAAGCAUGUUUUGAUUUGUUUUUGAAGUGGUGGCGGGACUAAACCCGUUUUACACAAGUAUGACUGAUUUGAAGUGAAAUGUUUUAUGCUUUCACUAAAUUGAGCAUGCCUACUUGAAAUUUAAGUGAUUGUCCUGAUGAUUUGAAAGUGAUUGUGAAUUGUGAUUUUCGUGUUAACUUCUACCUGUUUUGUCUCCGAUGUGGUCAUGUUAUUCGUAUGCCCGCUAGUGGGAGGUUUAUAAACGCUAGCACAUGUCGACAUGUUACUGAUAGAACCGGUUCGUUUCUGUAACCCUACUAGUGGGGGUUAAACACUAGUAAUUUCUGUAGCCUGUCAGUGGGAGGUUUAUAACACUGGCCGUGACCUAUAGAAGAGACGUCUAUUUCGUGCCCGUACUGUAUCUGUUUUCGUGAUUGUACUUGUUGGCAUGCUUUAAGUUUGAUAAGGGGCACUCCAUAUUUACUUACUGAGUUUAUCUCAUAGUUUUUCUUUGUCCACCAUUUCAGGAAGUGAAACCGAGGACGGGGAAACCACGGGAAGUGACGAGUUAGAAGGCUAACCAUAUUGUAAUUGGAUAUAAAUUUUAGAUAUGAAUCAUGAUCUUGUAUUUGGAGAUUUAUGAUAUGAGAGAAUAUCUUAUAAUUUGAUCUUCAGAUUUUGGUGGUAUCAGAGUGUGAUAUGAUAAGUUUCG